UGGCUCCGUGACCUUGGUCUCCUCUGAGCUUGUUCCUCAUGUAAGAAAAGGAGUGACCACGAACUCGACUUGGCCAUCAAGUGAGGCGACGACGUUGUAAGGGACCAGCACGGAUCUGGCCUACAGUAACAGCUCGGUCGUGCUGGGAGGGGUACUUUCUUUCAGAGAAGGGGAAAUCUGGCUGUGUUCUUUGGCUCCUGGGAGGUGGGCAGUGUCAGGGCAGUUUUACAGAUAAAGAAACUGAGGCCUAGAAAGGGAAGAGCCCCUGACUCUGCCCACCUCAGAGCCCCUGGGGAGCACGUCCCCAAUCUUCCUUCGUCCCCGGGCCUGGGAGCGAAGGGCUCUCGCCCCUGAAUCUCAGGGCGCGCUUGGAGAUCUGCGGCUCCUGGAAGCGACACGCAGCUCUCAGAGCGGAGGAAGCGCCCGGGGUUGUCACUUUAAAUCAAACAGGGAGCGGGCGGGAGGCGAGCGCUAGGGAGCGCGCAGCGGGCUCCUGGGAGCGUGCCCGGACUGCGGCGCAGCUCCCGCCAGCCGCCCGGGCCCUGCCGAGCCCCCGGCCCGCGCAGCACUCCUCCGAGGCGGGCGCCCGGCGACAUUGCAGGGGUGGCGUCGCGGCCAGCGGCCAGGGAGGCGCAGGUGCGUGAGCGCUGCGGGAGGCCGGCUGGGAGCUGGAACGGGAUCGGCUGCCUCUCCCCGGAGCCGGGUAUGUCCAGAUCCCCUUUUGCCAGGAGCUAGGGCCACCGGGGACACAUACACAGUGACCUGUUUGACCUGCAGAUUGCUAGGAAACUGGAAGCCACAUGCCCUUCUGCGUUGCACCAUUGCAGCAGGCAGCAUGGCCGUGGACGUGGCAGAAUACCAUCUGAGCGUCAUCAAGAGCCCCCCUGGCUGGGAGGUGGGUGUCUAUGCUGCAGGGGCCCUGGCGCUUCUGGGAAUUGCAGCUGUGAGCCUAUGGAAGCUUUGGACAUCAGGGAGCUUCCCUAGCCCCUCCCCAUUCCCGAAUUACGACUACAGAUACCUUCAGCAGAAGUACGGAGGAGAGACCUAUGCGGAGGCCAAGCAGAAGAGAGCACCUGCCUGGACUGCUCAGCGUGCCAGCACACAGGGACCAUCCAGCCGCAAGGGCAGCCUCAGCAUUGAAGAUACCUUUGAGAGCAUCAGCGAGCUAGGGCCUCUGGAGCUGAUGGGCCGAGAGUUGGAUCUGGCCCCCUACGGGACCCUCCGCAAGUCCCAGUCAGCUGACUCCCUGAACUCCAUCUCCUCUGUGAGCAACAACUUUGGGCAGGACUUCACGCUGGGCCAGGUGGAAGUGAGCAUGGACUACGACGCCACCUCCCACACCCUGCACGUGGCCGUGCUGCAGGGCAAGGACCUGCUGGAACGGGAGGAGGCCAGCUUCGAGUCCUGCUUCAUGCGUGUCAGCCUGCUGCCUGAUGAGCAGAUUGUCGGCAUUUCCCGGAUCCAGAGGAAUGCCUACUCCAUCUUCUUCGACGAGAAGUUCUCCAUCCCCCUGGAUCCUGCAGCCCUGGAGGAGAAGAGCCUACGGUUUUCCGUGUUUGGCAUUGACGAGGACGAGCGCAAUGUCAGCACGGGGGUGGUGGAGCUGAAGCUCUCUGUGCUCGACCUCCCACUGCAGCCCUUCAGCGGCUGGCUCUACUUACAGGACCAGAACAAGGCUGCUGACGCGGUGGGCGAGAUACUGCUGUCCCUCAGCUACCUCCCUACAGCUGAGCGCCUCACCGUGGUCGUGGUGAAGGCCAAGAAUCUCAUCUGGACCAACGACAAGACCACAGCAGACCCCUUCGUCAAGGUGUACCUGCUGCAGGAUGGGAGGAAGAUGAGCAAGAAAAAGACGGCCGUGAAGAGGGAUGACCCCAACCCAGUGUUCAAUGAAGCCAUGAUCUUCUCGGUGCCAGCCAUUGUGCUCCAGGACCUGUCUCUCCGCGUGACAGUGGCUGAGAGCAGCAGUGAUGGCCGUGGGGACAACGUGGGCCACGUCAUCAUCGGGCCAUCUGCCAGUGGCAUGGGCAUCACACAUUGGAACCAGAUGCUGGCCACGCUGCGCAGACCUGUGUCCAUGUGGCAUGCUGUCCGGCGAAACUAGCAGCCAGGGCAGGUUGGGGGGCAGCAGAGCCCCUGCAGCCCGGCAUGAACUCAGCUCUGUCCAACACCCUCUCCACAGCCCAGCUGGGGCCAUGAACACUGGGCACCUGGUGGAGUCCUCUUGAGCCAUCUCCGUCCCUCUGUCCAGACUGGAGCAAACAUGGCUCUAUGUCCAGGAACCCAGAGUUUUAUCCCACUGCAGGCCAGCUGCGGCUGGGCCAGGACCCAGGGAGGGCAGCUGGGCACUGGCCUACUGGGCUCCAUUUCAAGCCCCCUACCCUGCUCUUCCUGAGAGGUGAGCUGCAUACUGGGCCAUGCACUGGAACCCAGGAGUCUUGGGGGGGCCAGGCACUGGCCGGGGUAACACAAACAAAACCCAGCCCCCAGGUUGCCAGGUGCAGUGGCUCACACCUAUAAUCCUAACACUCUGGGAGGCUAAGGCAAUCAGAUCACUGGAGCUCAGAAGUUCAAGACCAGCCAACCAAGAACGAGACCCUUUCUCUACUAAAAAUAGAAAAAUUAGUAGGGCACUGUGGCAGGCACCUAUGGUCCCAGCUACUUGGGAGGCUGAGGCAAAAGGAUCGCUUGAGCCCAAAAUACUUAGUUUGCUGUGAGCUAUCAUGAUGCCACAGCAGUCUACCCAGGGUGACAGAAUGAGACUGUCUCAAAAAAAAACAACCCAGCCCCCAGGACAUGAGGAAAAUAAGACCCUUUGCCCCAGGGGAUCUGCUCAGUGCUGAAAGGUGGUCCAGCCACAGGGACUCUCUCUAAGGGAUGAAAAGGGAGGGCUGCUUAGAGGGGCAGGGGCCCAGCCUGAGAAGGGAUGUGAACUUGCCCCUACAAACUCAGUCCUCAGCCCGCUGCAGUGGAUCCAGGUAGGAGAACAGACCAGAAAAUCAGGCCAAAGAAGCAGCCCGUAGGCCACAUGAAACAGGCUGUGAAACCUACUCCCUGAACCUCAACCAUUGCAAGGACCAGACCUAGGUUCUUGUGCUAUGUCCUGUGCAGACAAGGCAUUAGCUCCGAAGUGUGUAUUGGUCCCUCCAGGCCACCUCUGCCAGCAGAGGCUGGUGGGUGGUGGAGCAGGUAGGACAGCAGAGAUCUCAGUGGAUAAGGAGGCCCUGGGCUGGGCGUGGAGCCAUGGCAGUGAGGAGGGACCAUCCAGGUGGCUGAGGCAUGAUCGGAAGUCGGGGAGGUCAGGUAACUUGAGGGACAGCCUGAGAAGACACCUCCAAACUAGGAAGAGGUGGCUCUGGAGCAUGGUUCCAACCCCCAGGACAUGGGGUGUCUAAAUUAAAGUCCCUGAAGCAAAAUCUGAGAUGGGGAUUCUUGGACAAGUGGCCGGCUGGGGGAGGAGCUCUCAGAGAAAGGGAAGCUCAGGCCAGGGGGAAGACGCCAAGUGCAUUGUGGCUUCAGGAAUGCCCAGCCUCCACCAGAUAACAAGGGAGCUCUGGAGUACAAGUAGCACCUAGGGGGACUGCCCACAUGCAGAGAGGCUGGCCUGCUACCCCACAGGAGGCCAUCUUUGGCUACUGUCCCAGCCCCACCUGGAGUGAGGAUGGACGCACCUUCCCAGGUGUUGCCAGCUAAGGCAGCUCUUGCCCACCAAAGGCAGUCCCAGAGAAGUGGCAGCUUUACUCCCUUCACGACUGAGGGGUGGGUACACCUGCCCCGUCAGAGGAAUGGGGCCCCCACAGGUGAGGGCACGGGCUCUCAGGCUGGCUUCCCUGCUCCCUGGCCCUGGUGAGCUAUGGAGACCCAAGUCCAACCAGUUAUCCCCAGUGACAAAGGGGUGAGGGUGUUGGCUGAGACAGGGAGUGGUCAUGGAGGCAAGAUGGUGGCUCUCCCCACCUGACAUAGCCACAGCCCAGCCCUGAGGGCAGGCUCCCUACCCUGUGGCCAGGAGACGACACAUGGCUGGACAUGUGUCUUUGCCUCCUGGGAGAUUCGGGCUCCUUCUACCCGGUGGCUGUGCAGUGCAGGCCCCCUGCUCUCUCCCCUCUUCCCUCCCUCUAACUGCAUGACAUGUUGACUGUAACCCAGGACGGCCAUGGUGGGGCCUGAGUAUGCUGACUGGAAUGAUUCUAGAACCAAAAUAAAGCUGGGGCAGGCAGAGGGGGCUUCCAGGGAGCCCUGCUCAA